AUGGACUGGACCACCCUGGAGCCCGAGCUCGCACAUCCAGACAACGACAAGCGCAUCCACGCACUGCACGCCCUCCAACACCUCCUCCAACAGUCGCACCAGGCGCGCCCCUUUUCGCGACUCGCACCUCCCCCCUCGGCUCACCCUCUCGUUCCCGCCUCGCAGGUCACCGACGUCGACCACCUCGCCACCGUCUUGCGCCCUUCGGUCAAGCACACCAACGCCCACGUCGCAGCCGCCGCCCUCGCGUGCCUCCCGCCCUUGUUCCCCCUCGUCGUCUCGACCGACCCCUCGUCGUCCACCUCCUCGACCGCCCACUCGCUCCGCCACGCCCUCGCCCUCCUCCUCCCGCUCGAUCGCCUCGGCGACUCGAAGCCCGCCACCCGCGACCUCGUGCGCGAGGCCCUCGUCAGCGCCGCCCGCGCCGCCCUCGUGCUCGGCGUCGACGCGGGCACCAAGACCAAGGACGGCGGGCCGUGGGCUUUCAUCGAGCGCGGCGUCCAGGAGCAUGGGUUCGCGAGCAAGAACGCAAAGGCGCGAGAGCAGGCCCUGCACUUCCUCGCCGCCGUCCGCUGCCCUCCCACCACCUCUCUCCCUUCCUCGGCGCUCCCACCCCUUCGCCCCUUCACGCCCCUCCUCCUCCCGCUCCUCGCCGACCCAGACCCGGCCGUGCGCGCCCUCGCCCUCUCGACCACGGUCGCCAUCUUCUCGCACCCGGCCGUCUCGCCCGCCGCAAAGGCCGACCUCAAGAAGGAGCUCGCCCGGCUCGACGUCGCCAAAAAGGUCCAGGAGCACGUGCUCGGCGCCGUCCUUGGCGGCGGCGGCGGCGCGGGCUCGGGUGCCGCAGCGGACGAGCGCAGCCCGAGUCGGGCGAGCGACGAGGCGGCGGCGCGCUCGGGCACAGGCGCAGCGGGCGCCCCUGCUCGGUCUGCCGCCUCGUCGACGCCGGACGCGGCGGCGGCUCCAGCACGGCGGCUCACGCGCUCGCAAGCGGCGUCGGCGUCGCAGGGCAGCAGCACCAGCAGCGCCGCGAGCACCUCGCUGCCGCCGCCCUCGACGCCGUCGCUCCUCGCGCCGCUCCCCGCCGCCGCCUUCCCCUCGGACCCGUCGGCCGUGCCCGCGCCCACCUCGUCGUCGUCGGCCGAGCCGCCGCCCGUCUACCUCGCGUCCGAGGCCGACCUGCGCGCCGAGUUUGCGGCCAUGCACGCUGCGUUUGCGGGCAAGGAGACGGAGCACAACUGGCUCGCGAGGGACGGACACGUCGCGAGGAUGAGGGGCAUGCUGAGGGGGGGUGUCGCGAGGGGGGAGCUGAGGGGCGCGUUCGCGCAGGGGGUCAGGGACAUGCAGGACGGCAUCAUCCGCACGUCGGCCUCGCUCCGCACGACCCUCGCCAUCUCGGCCCUCACCCUCAUCUCGGACCUCGCCACCUCGCUCGCGUCGCCCUUGCUCGACCCGCUCGUCGACCCGUUGCUCGCCCACGUCCUGUCGAUGGCGGGCAUGACCAAGAAGAUUGUCGCGACGGCGUCGCAAAACACGGCGACGGUCCUCUUGACCGAGGCGCCGUACCACGCGCGCUCGGUCCAGCUCGUCGCACACCUCGGGACCGAGAAGACGCCCCAGGCGCGCCUCUUUGGCGCGCAGCACGUCCUCACCGUCUUGCGCGUGCACGGCGCCAACCCGGCCCUCCUCGCCGCCGCCGCCGCCAACCCCUCGACCACCUCGACCACCCCGUCGGCCCCAGCAUCGUCGUCGUCGUCGUCGGCCACCUCCUCGGCCGCCGACGACCUCGAGCACGCCGUCUCGCGCGCACUCGCCGACCCCAACGCCCAGGUGCGUGAGCGCGCGCGCGACGCCUACUGGGAGCUCGUGCGCCUCGGUCCCGCGUGGGCCGAGCGUGCAGCGCGCGUCCGCGCUCAGCUCGACGUGACGGCAAAGAAGCUGCUCGACAAGGUCAGGCCGGCAGAGGUGGGCGCGCCGGCGACGGCGCCGGGUGCGGGUGCGGGCGCGAGCGCGGCGGCUGGCGGGAGCGCGAGGCGGGCGGGAGUGGGCGCGCGCAGGGAGGCUGCGGCGGGCCCCGGUGCGGGGGCGAGGCUGAGCCCGGGCGUCGCUGCGGCGGGAGCGGGCGCAGGAGCAGGGGCAGGAGCGGGAGCGGGUGCGGGAGGGCCCAAGAAGCUGAGCGUCAAGGACAUGCUCGCGGCCAAGCGGCGCGAGGCGCUCGCGGCCAAGGAGCGCGACGGUGCCGGCGCCGAGCAGCAGCAGGAGGGCCUGCUCGACGAGGGCGUCGUCCUGACGCCGAGGCGACGCCCGUCGGCGCCGAAUAGCUCUCUCGGGUCGUCGCCCGGCGGGAGCGCGACGCCGCAGGAGACGCCGACGCGCCCGCAGGCGGUGCAGCACUCGCCGCCGGCUUCGCCUUCGCCCGCAGCGGCACCACCUCGCCCUUCCUCCUCCUCCUCCUCCUCCCCUCCUCUUCCUCCACCUCUCACGCCCGCUCGCCACGCGCCCGCACCUGCGCCUCGCUCCCACGUCCCCGACCACGUCGUCGACGACGCGCUGCGCGAGCAGGCGCUGCAGGCCGAGCAGGCGGCCGAGCGGCUCCUCGAGCUCGCCGAGGACGAGGCCGACGCCGCGCCGCCACCUGCACCUUCCUCCGACUCCCCCUCCUCCGUCGCCCCGCCAGCUGCGUCGACCCCUGCACGUGUCCCUCCCUCCUCCACCGCCCACCCCGCCGCCGCGCUCCACACGCCCGCGCCCAACCCUGCCCUGCGUCGCCUCGGCGGCGGCGGCGGCGGUGGCGGGCCCGGCGCUGCGUCGUCGUCUUCGUCCAUCUUUGCCGACAGCCCCGACUCGCGCGACCCGCUCGGAGCGGCGACGCGCGGCUCGUGGUGGCUCAAGCGCGGCGAGGCGCUCGGCGCUGCACCUGCGUCUGCGUCGUCGGGCUCGGCGCCGGCGCCGGCGUCGGCGCGCGAGCCUGACUCGGCGGCGCGCAGGGAGGAGAUUGACGCGCUCGUUGAGCGCGUCGCGAGGUGUGGGAGCGCGAGGGACGGAGGCGAGGUGGACGCGGCCGGGUGGAGGGAAGUUGCGCGGCUCGCGAGGGAGCGGCCCGUGCGCGAUGACGGGACCGGCGGCGAGGGCCUCGGCGAGCGAGAAGAGGGCGAGGACGCGAGGUUCUGGAGGGACGAGGCGAGGUUCGAGCGCGUGUUCGAGGGGCUGAGGGCGUUCUUGCUCCAGACCCAAGGCGUCGCUCAGCCCGGCUCGACAACGCGCGACAUGGCGCUCCUCGCGCUCAAGGACCUCGUCGAGAACCAGCUGCCCUGCCUCGCCGGCGCUGAGUCGACCGUGUUUGACCUCCUCUUCCGCUUGCGGGAGGACCCCUCGCGCUCGUCCGUCGCCGCGACUGAGGCCAUCUCGACGUCGUUCACGGCGCGCCUCGAGCCGCUGUACGGCCUCGGGGCGCUCGUGCCCGCCCUCGAGGCGUACCUCGCCUCGUCCACGUCGUCCCCCUCCCCCUCCUCCUCAUCCGCCACCUCGCCGACGCCCGCCACGACGUGCCCGCCGUCGCACGCUCCCCCGUACGCCCUCGGCCUGCGCCAGAUGGGCACCCUGUUCGAGCGCCUGCCGCGCGAGGUCCUCGACGACGUGCUGCCGCGCUCGGCCGACCUUCUCAAGCGGGCCCUCAACGACCCCUCGUCGCCCGACCUGCGCCGCACGGCCCUCCUCGCCCUCGUGUCGGCGCACCACGCGCUCGGGCCCAACGCCGGCGCCGCCGCAGCGAGGCUCGAGCAGCUCGUCGGCGGGCUCGAGGACGACCAGAAGAGCUUGCUGGCGUACUAUGCGGCCAAGCGAGGGGCGUGAGGGCGGGCGAGGGGGGCGGGCGAGGGGGGCUGUCGAGGAGGAGGGGGAGGCGGCUCUCAGGGCGCGAGGAGAGGAGGUACGAGAGAGAGAGAGAUGCAAGUGCACGACGACUACGGAUGACACUA